AUGAGGGAGUUAUCGAUUAUUUCGUUCAAUGUAAAUGGCUUAAUAUCAUUCAUGAAAAGAAGAGGUUACACAGAAUCAACUUUUUCCAGAUUAAUUGAAAAUAUAUGUGUAAAUGAAGAGGUAAAAAAUAAUUGCCUGAAUGUAGAAAAGCCAGAUAUCAUAUGUAUUCAGGAGUGCAAGAUGAGCUUUAAAGAGGAUUUAAACAACUCAACAGGAUGCCCCGAAAACUAUGAAUCCUACUUUUCUCUUGCUGAGAAUAAUAAAAGAUAUAGUGGAGUUGCAACAUACUGCUUAAAGGAUACUAUUAUGGUAAUUGAGGCGGGAAGGGGAUUUUCAUGGCUAGAGACAUCUCCCCGUCAGUUUGACAUAAACCAAAUGAUGAAAGAAGAAAAUUUGAAAGAUAUUGAAUUAAGUAUUACUAAUAUUAAAGAUAAAUAUGGAGUAACCAUCUCUGAAAUAAAUGGAGAAGGUAGAUGUGUGAUUACUGAUCACAAACAUUUUAUAUUGCUAAAUUUGUAUGUUCCUUUACUAAGAAGCAAGACAGAGGAAAAAGAAGAAAAAGAACAAGUUCUAUUCAAUGGGAUUCAGACACAAAAUCAAAAUCAAACCCAAGAAGAACCAUUAGAAAAUGUUGACCCAGAAAGAUUGAGGUACAGACUAGCGUUUCAUGAAUACCUUAAUUUGUCACUGCAUGUACUUAAACAUUUGUGUGGAAGAAAAGUUAUUUUGGCGGGAGAUUUUAAUAUUAUAUUGGAGAAAAUAGAUUGUUUUGCAGAUUUUCGAAGAUUUCUUGGAGAUAAUAAAUUGGAAGAUUGCCAAGUAUUAAACCCAACUGAAAUUUUAGAGAAAUCUUCGUUUGAUCAAAUAUAUUCUGAAAUGAGAAAGUUGAACACUGAAAUGAUUAAAAGAUAUAAUUUAGUUGAUGUUUAUAGGCACUAUUAUCCAAAAAUUCAGAGUAAAUACACAUGCUGGAACCAGAUGAAUCAGUCUAGGAUUAGAAAUCAAGGAGCUAGAAUAGAUUUAUUUCUUAUUUCAAAAGAAAUGGUAUCAGAAUCAACAAAAUGUGAGAUUUUGGAUCACAUAUACGGUUCUGAUCAUUGCCCUAUUUUACUAAUUCUAAAGAUGAAAGAACCUGAAUCUAUGUGUAGUCUUGGUAGAAGUAAACCUCCAAGUAUAUGUUCAAGGUACUUACCUCAAUGCAAACAAAAACAAAGUACAAUCAGUCAGUUUUUAGUUUUAAGUAAAGGUGAAAUUAAAAAUCAAUGCAAUAAAACAAUUAAAAGCCAAGACUUUAAAAUAAAUUGUAAGAACUCUGAUUCAUCUAAAAAGCUUUCUUCAAACUACCCUCACUGUAAACACGGUAUUCCAUGCAUAAAGAAGAAGGUAACCAAACCUGGCAUAAAUAAAGGAAAAUUAUAUUGGGGUUGUUCAAAAUCAGACCAACAGAAAUGCAAUACAUUCGCAUGGGUUGAGGAAGCAAACAAUAAAAAUGAAACUAAUCAUAACUUAAAGAACUUUAUUAUUAAAUAA